CUCCAUUCAUUAACAAACAGAAAGUCCCAGAAACAGGUACCAGUGAGAAAACAGUCCCUCUACUCACAAACAGAAAGUCCUAGAAAUCUCGUCAGAAGCUCUUGCGCGUUGUUCUCAAACCUCAGAGAGAGAGAGAGAGAGAGAGAGGGAUCAUUCUGCAAUGGCGACGUUCGAUCAAGCACCUCCAGGCGAUCCGAAAUCUGGAGACAAGAUCUUCAGGACCAAGUGCGCUCAGUGCCACACCGUCGAGAAAGGAGCUGGCCACAAACAAGGACCAAAUUUGCAUGGCCUUUUUGGAAGGCAGUCUGGCACAGCUCCUGGGUACUCAUAUUCUAAUGCCAACAAAAAUAUGGCUGUUAUCUGGUCAGAGAAUACAUUAUAUGACUACUUGCUUAACCCAAAGAAGGUAUGAAACUUUACUUGGUUC